UCUCUCCGCUGCCAGCCCCGCCCAGACUCCGGGCAGGCUCUCGUUGCUAUGGUGAUCGCCGGCGCAAGCCGGAUGCUUGGACGCGCUGCUGCCAGUCAAACGCAGACCCCGCCCCCGACGUCUGCGAUUUGUGUAGCCCGCCUGUCCCGCGUGGCUCUCGUUGCCAUGGUGAUUGCCGCCGCUGGCUCAGGUGGACCAGGCCGCGCGGAGCCCCAGCCUUCGCAGCCACCAUCCACUAGGAGUAGGAGACCCCUCCCCACUCUACUUCCACUGCCUGAGCUGUGCGAUGCCUCACAGCCCAGUAAGGACUCUGGAAGAAUGAAGUCCUCCCUUACACCUUUGGGGCCGCCCGUGAGCCGCGACCGUGUCAUCGCCAGCUUCCCUAAGUGGUACACACCAGAAGCCUGUUUGCAGCUCAGGGAGCACUUCCAUGGGCAGGUCAGCGCUGCCUGCCAACGCAGGAACACAGGGACUGUCGGGCUCAAACUCUCCAAGGUGGUGGUGGUUGGCGAUCUCUACGUGGGGAAGACCAGCCUCAUCCACAGGUUUUGCAAGAAUGUUUUUGACCGAGAUUACAAGGCAACCAUUGGGGUGGACUUUGAAAUUGAGCGCUUUGAGAUCGCUGGGAUUCCCUACAGCCUCCAGAUCUGGGACACAGCUGGGCAGGAGAAGUUCAAGUGCAUCGCAUCUGCCUACUACCGGGGCGCCCAGGUGAUCAUCACGGCCUUUGACCUCACUGACGUGCAGACCCUGGAGCACACAAGGCAGUGGCUGGAAGAUGCCCUGAGGGAGAAUGAGGCAGGCUCUUGCUUCGUCUUUCUCGUGGGAACCAAGAAGGACCUUCUGUCAGGGGCCACGUGCCAGCAGGCCGAAGCUGAGGCUGUGCACCUGGCCAAGGAGAUGCAGGCCGAGUACUGGUCAGUGUCAGCCAAGACCGGUGAGAACGUGAAGGCCUUCUUCAGCCGCGUAGCCGCCCUGGCAUUCGAGCAGUCCGUGCUGCAGGACCUGGAGAGGCGGAGCAGUGCCCGGCUCCAGGUCGGCGACGGAGACCUAAUCCGAAUGGAAGGGAGUCCACCUGAGACCCAGGAGAGCAAGAGACCUUCUGGCCUGGGCUGCUGCUAGCUGGGGCCUGCGUCAAGGCCUCCGCUCCCUGCACGCACAUGGAUGGGAACUUCGUGACUGUGGAGCAGAGACUGGAGCUCGAGCUCUGUGGCAUGCCUGCCCUCAAACUGUAGGCCUGGGUUCCAGUCCCUGCACCCACCCACCUCGCUCAGCCCCAGGGCACAGUCUCUUCUCUUUUGCAGGUAGGGAGCUAGAAAAGGCCCUACUGGCUGCCUGGGAGCCCCACACCACCAGGCCAGUGCAGGCACCGUGGUGAUCCCCGAAAGGCUAGUCCACUUCCGGGAUCAUCAGACAGUCACCUUUGGCCUCAAGAGACCUCAGAACUGCAAACUCCUGCCCCAGUCUAUACCCUUCAGCCAUGGCCCAGAUCAGCAGUCAAGCCUGGCACUCUUUCCCAGUGAUCUCAGAUGUGUCCUCAGGGCCCUUCUCAUCAGUGUUCCAGGCAACCUGGAUUUGUCAAACUCAGCACCUGAGGGAGAGGCCACCUGCCAUCCCAUCUGAGAGUUUCCUGUUGUCAGCAGGAUUUAUGGUUCUGGGUCUUAGAGCUUCAGGCCUCACUGUCCUUCUGCCCCGGAUGAUGAAGAUUUCUGGGCAGACCAGUGCCUCUGGAGGACAAUGGACAAAAAGUCUCUUAGACCUGUUGUGGCGGAAGUGUCAUCUCUGAGAUCCCUAGGUCCCGCCCUCCUGGUCAAUGGGCCAGGAUGUGCAGAACAAGCCACCCAGGCCUUUCUGGCCCACCUGGACAAUGCAUUUACCUGUGUGCUACUGGAGGAAGGCUGCACAGCUGCCCCAGGGUAGCUCACUCUGCAGCCCCUGAGCGUGGCACUGCCCUCCUCCGGCACUCAUGCUGGGCUUGUGCCCACUGCUGCCUCUCCAUCCCUCUCUCAUUGGCCUGCAUGUCUCUUAGGACCUUUGUAAUGGUGGCCAUGCGUCGUUGGAGGCCUUCAGAGGCCUUGCCAAGUCGAGCAUGUUUCUGUCUCUAACACCACCUCGUCCUGCACACGCAGAGCGGGCAGAAACACCCAAUCUUCCCCAGCCUCUCUGCCCAGUAGGCUUGUCCACGGGGUCUCCUCAUGGCUAUGAACCAGCCCCACCGCCCACGCUCCCGUCACCUGGCUGUGCCCACUCAUCCCACCUCGUGCUGUUGCUUCUCGUAGAUGGUAAGCACCUUGCAGGCAGCCUUCUGAUCAGGUUCUCCUAGGGCCUGCCACACCGCAGCUUCCCAUAAAUGUUCAACUCAGCGAUUGCCAAAUGCCACUUAGGGAAGAACACUGGCAUCUUUUUCUGCUCGUUCCCCCUUCAACAUAUUUUUUGCACUUCUUUAUAUAAAUGACUUCCAAAGGGGUUGUAUGUUUAGUGUGAACAAAGACAGUACAAAGCAUGUAAAAUACAAGGUGGAAGCCCUCCCCCCUGAAGUUGGCUGCACCCCUGAAGUGAGCUCUGCUAACAGUUGGGAGGACACAGCCAGUGUUGAUGGCUUGAUUUGUCGUUUUUGCCAGAGUGACCUGUACACACUGCCUGGCAGCCUGCCUUCCGGAACUGGUGCUUAGCCCUCUCCCCGUUGGGACACGAGGAGCCUCCUUCCUGUAGCAGCACCCAGUUUCCCUUCAUGGGGAUGGACCCUUCCCCUCCAAGGACCAUCGGCUUGUGUCCAGCUUUUCCAUUCUUGCAGUUACAGCUUUGCAUACUCCGGAAGGCUCUUCUCUGGACUGUGGUCUACGAAGCGCAGCCUGUGAUCAGGGCAGGCGGCACUGGGGUGCAUUAGGAAGACCAGGUUCACUGGGGAUAGGCUUCACAGGACAGGAGAACCUGGGCACGGUGGACUGUCGUUCUCCACAGCUCCCUUCCCUGCCCCUUCAGGCCUCCAGGAUGUGUUUAGGGGGUGGGUGGGUGUGGCGUCCAGCUGUUACCAGCUUCUGAGCUAGAGCCGCACUGCCUCAUGUACACCCCCACCUCUGUAAAUGGCCCUGGAUUAAAUCACUCUCAUGUUACCUCCUGCA